UUGUGUUCAUACGUAACACAACACAAUAGCAUGAUACCGCAACUUCAGGUUCGCAGAAUAAGUGAUUGUUCAUCUUGCUGUAUGUCGCGCGCAUUGUACCAAUAUUGAAUAUAAGUUAUAUGUCGUGGAAAUAACGGAGGUCAACCCAUUGAGAGAUUAAGAUCAGGACGAACAAGGCCGAUGCUGUUUGACGAUAUUAUUCGUGCGGAUCUAGCUUGAUUCUUGAUAAAAUUGUGACACUAACGAGAUUGUCAUGCCAUGUUACUUCCGCCGGAGGGAAUAUAAAGCUGCACGCGCUUCCACAAUCGCACGCAGAGUAGCAUUGUUUGUCCGAUCGUAAAAUGCGACUAUUCGGUGUAUUGUUGCUGUUUUUCCUUGUCUGCCAACUAACUACAUCGACACCGAUUUUUGAUAGAGAUGGUGCAGGUCUUGGUGGACAUCGAUCAGCCGGAUUUGGAGACACGAUACGAGAUUGGCUCAGAGUACUCAAGAAUCGAGUCGUGGAAAAAUGGCAAGAUUGGUUCGGCAAUGAUAGUCCAACUCCACGUUUAUCACCACAGGAUAUUUUAAACAUCGAUAAGACUUUAGAAAGUCGAAUAUCGAGUUAUCCAGGCUUGUUCUUGGAUUUGUCUAGCUUAUCCUUCGACUCAAAUCAAGAUUGGGGCGUGCGAAUUGGUAACUGGUACCUCAUCCGGAAAGUUACAGGGAAUGACUACAACUCGGAUAGUGAUUCGGAUGAGUGGGACAUGAAACCUUUGUUGUCAAACCUUCCUGUACCUCCAAUCUUGGGAAUAGAUUGGUCUAAAACAAACGUAUUUGGGACGCCAGAAGCUCCGCAACCUCCAACGACCACGCCAAGGAUUCAAUCGACCACGCCAAGGAUUCAAUCGACCACGCCAAGGAUUCAAUCGACCACAUCACGACCAACGACUGUUAUUCCGCUUGAACCAGUCUCAACUUCUACCGAAUCAAUUGUGACUACUGAAUCCACUGUAAUUUCUACUGAACCGAUUCAACUCACUACCCAGUUUAUUGUAACUCCUACAGAACCGAUUGUAACUUCUACGGAAUCGAUUUUAACGCCAACUGAAGAAAUUUUAACUUCUAGCGAAUCAGUUUUAAUAAAUAAUGAAUCAGUUACCGUACCUGCUGAAACAACGUUAAUGUCCACUGAGCCAAUUUUCAUGGAAUCAACUGUCCCAACCACUGUGAUUUCCACUGAAUUGAAUGUACCGUUUACUACUAUUGCCAGUGAAUCAACUGUGAUGUCCACUGAAGGAAUUGUAAACACUACUACUACCGAGUCACCUGCAACAUCCACUGAACUAACUUUACCUGUUUUAAAUAAGCGAAUAGAAGACAAUGAGACUAUUGAUAAACGUACCACGAGGAAACCUCGUCCAGCAUCUGCCGAAGUCAUAUUUUGAUAUGUUUCAUUUCUUAUAGGAAAAGGAAUUCGUGUGUGGGAUGUAAUUCAAUAUGCUCAAUUAUCAAAUAUAAUUCUGAAAUGAGUCAGUUGUAAACAUAUGAUAAUGCAGUAAUUAAGAACAACAUUGGAAAGGAAAUUAGGAAAAAAUCGUUUAAUUUGGAUA